UUUCCUUGUAACGUCCUGCCUGAGCAGAGGACAGCCCAGCCACCGUGAAAGGCAGCAGUGGCCACCAAGGUGGUGGAGAAAUGGCUUUCUGUGGCGUCCAGUCUCCCUACCUCAGCCCGAUGGUCCCCUUUUCUGGGACAAUCCAUGGAGGUCUCCAGGAGGGACUCCAGAUCACUAUCCAGGGGACCGUUCUUCACUCCUUUGAAAACAGGUUUGCUGUGAACUUGCAGACUGGCUUCAGUGACCAAAACAUUGCUCUCCACUUCAAUCCUCGGUUUGAAGAGGGAGGGUAUGUGGUUUGCAACACGAAGCAGAAUGGACACUGGGGGCCCGAGGAGAGAAAGAUGCAAAUGCCCUUCCAGAAGGGGAAGCCCUUUGAGCUCUGCUUCCAGGUGGAGAGCUCAGAGUUCAAGGUGAUGGUGAACAAGAACUUCUUUGUGCAGUAUGCACACCGCGUGCCCUUCCAUCGCGUGGACACCAUCUCUGUCACCGGCCCUUUGCAGCUGUCCUACAUUGGCUUCCAGAGGUCUCCAGUCCAGCCGGCUUUUCCCAUCAUGCACUUCUCCCAGCCUGUCUGUUUCCCAUCGAAACACAGGGGGCGCAAACCAAAACCUCCAGGCAUUUGGCCUCCCAACCCGGCUCCCAUGAGUCCUGCAAUGCCACCUAUGGUGUUCCCCAACCCAACCUAUCCGAUGCCUUUCUUCACCAGCAUCCCAGGGGGGCUGUACCCAUCCAAGUCCAUCAUUGUGUCGGGCACUGUCCUGCCAAGUGCUAUGAGGUUCCAUAUUAACCUGCGCUCUGGGAGUGACGUCGCCUUCCACAUGAACCCCCGUUUUGAUGAGAAUGCUGUGGUCCGCAACACCCAGAUCAACAGCUCUUGGGGGUAUGAGGAGCGAAGCCUGCCCCGAAAAAUGCCCUUCACUCGAGGCAUGAGCUUCUCGGUAUGGAUCAUGUGUGAAGGUCACUGCCUCAAGGUGGCUGUGGACGGUCAACACCUGUUUGAAUACCUCCACCGCAUGAAGAACCUACCGGCCAUCAAUAACCUGGAAGUGGCGGGUGAUGUCCAGCUGACCCACGUGCAGACAUAGGUGGGCUCCCUGGCCUGAGGACAGGGCUGGGAUGUGGUGCUGAGUUUCCUCAUCAUCUCCACUCCCCUGUCUCAGCCCCAGCCUCCCGGAUGCUACCAUGCAAGCAGAGGGUGUUCAGAACUGGUGAAGCUGUGUUCACCCCCCUCAGCAGACACAGAGUCUCCAGAGCUUCCCAAGCACCCAGUCCAGGCCUGUGUUGAAUGUGGCACAUUCCUGUCCCAGGUCUACUCCAGUCCCCAGCCAGAGCUAUGCACUCCUUGCAGUGAGGAGACCUCCUCGGCCCCACCCCCUUCUCUGACCCUUUCCUUCUUUCCUUCUCACCUGGCACCCAGCUCAGCCCCCCACCCCUCCAGGAAACUACCCUGAUUCCAUCCCCCCUGGGCUUCCACCAACUCUCUUUCCCAGGGGAAAAUAAGGAAAAUGAAGGAAUAAAUAUGGUUGCUGGCAACACA